GGCUAUGUAGUUCCAAGCGACCAUAAAAUGUACAUAGAGGCGCUGCUGUACGGGACUAAGUGUUAUCGUAGGAAAAACGCCGGGAUGGCCGCUCUCGGACUUCUCUCUGCUGUUAAUACAUACUUUUCGAGGUCAAUUUUUCGGUCAAUAUAUAAGGGAGUUGGCAGUCUAGUAUUAUAUAGAAAUCUGUGGGAUAAACUCUGAACUAGUGCAGCCAGCAGCCAGUUUAAUCAGUUGAACUAUAAAGAACAGACCUUUAUAUAGAGUUCAAUAUGCUCCUAUCGACCCUUAAUAUUUACAGGGGAAAAGUCAGGCAAGACAUGGGAAUGGCGGCAUGCAAGCUGUAAAGUUUGUGUUGCAAUUUACGUUACAAUUUAGUGCAUGUCAAAAAACGAAAAUGCUGAAUGAGAUGACAUCGAUCACAUUAACGAUGUGAAAUUUGAUUCGAAGAUUGGAAAAUAUCCUUUCGCCGUCAUAUCGCGAGUAUCCAAGAAAAAAUGUCAGGUGAAUACAGUCGAAGUGUUUUAAAAAUAGUUGUUGCCCAGAUCUGUCAGAUGAUAGGGUGGCAUUCCAUUAAUUCUACGCCGUUAGAAUUUAUGGUAGAUCUUAUGCAAGAGUAUAUGUUACGUAUCUCAAAGCUGACACAUCAAUAUGCAGAAGUUUUGGGAAGGACAGAGCCAAAUCUUGAUGAUUUAGGACUAACAUUUCAGCAUAUGAAUAUUGAUAUACAAGAAUUAGCCGAGUAUGUUAAAAAUGUAGAUUCUGUUCCAUGUUCUGUACAGAUACCAAAAUAUCCAGUUCGGCGUGAAAAUCAUUUAAAUUUUUUAAAACCGGGCAGUCGUGAAGUUGUCACUAGAUCGGUGCAUAUACAUGAACAUUUACCAGCUAUGUAUCCAGAUACCGAAGAGGAAUAUGUACCAGAUAAGAAUGAAAGUUUAAUGAAUGGUACGGCAGAUCUGACAUCUAGCAGUGCGACAUCAUCAAGCAAUUCGAAUAACACAUCACCUCAUAGAAUGUCACCGCAAGUAGUUUUCAAACGACCCGGCGAUCCGAUAUCUUUCGAAAGUUCCAUACCGAAGCGGACAAAAAUUUUGGAGGAAGGUAGACCAUUACGUGAAAUAAGCAGCGUUAUGAUGACCACUUCCGGUUUUUUAUCACCUGCGCGAGAAGGAAAAUUACCUGAGGCAAGAACGCCGCAUCAAGUGCGAUCGGAUUCGCCACAACCGAGUUCUUAUCCGAUGGUACCACCUGAAUUGAAAUGCGAAAAGAAACCGAAGAAGAUUGUAAAGAAAGGGCCAGAGAAUCGUAAGCUCGACAAAGAAAACAAGAAGAAGAAAGGCGCGAAAGAAUUAUUUAAGCCGGAUAAGAUGGAUGAAAGUAAGAUAAAAAAAUUGGUCGGGAUGAAGGAAUUGGCCAAAUUAAAGCCAUUAAAGCCAGGUGGUGGUAAAGCACAAUCUACUAUGCUACAAGAACUUACGGCCAGUAGACCGUCCACACCGAAAAUUGCGUCACCAAAGUUAGCCGUUGGUAGUUCGAAACCAUCGAAAGUUGCGCAGCCGAAACUAAAGAGCGAGAAGACGAUAGAUUUGAUAGAUGAUUCUCCUACUGUUGAAAAGAAAGAGGAUACCAUUGAUAAAUUACCGUCGGAACCGGAUAAACAGAAAUUAAAUAUAUUUAAGAAGAUAUCGAAACCGCGUGAAGAAAAAGAUAAGGACAAAGAGAUAUCGGAACUGCAUAAGUAUAAAGAUACUCUUGAUUCGCGCGAGAACUCGCCAGAGUUAAUAAUAGAUGUUGACAAUAUGGAAAAGCAUAUGCAUCGUAACGAUGUGGAUGCGAAAGGAGGACGUGAAGAGAAAAGAACACCGCAUACGCCGGAUGUGCAUGUGCAAUCGGACGUUGAUUUAGCAGAUGUACAGAGUUCGGAGUCAGACGUUUAUAUAUUCGACGAUGCCGACAUCUCACCGCCAGGUACGCCUAGCACGCCGAAAACUCCGGAAUUGAAUGUACCCACUGUACCAGAGCAAAAGCGAAAGAAGAAAGAGAAAAGUGGCAAAAAGAAAGAACCUAAAUUGAAGAGUCCAAAACAAUGUGUCAGCCCAAAGAAGACAAAGCUUCUGAAUGAUGCAGCAGAAUUGGACAUACCAGAUCGACCAAAAACACCGCAGGCACCUGAGCCACCGUUACACAGAGAGCCACCUACUCUUCCGCCUACACUUCCGUUCCCCUUUUUCCCUACGUUUCCUUCGGCACCUGGUUUAAUACCUCAUCCAAUGUUCACGCGAUUUCCACUACCGUUGGGACGAGGUGGACCAGGUCCUCAUCCUGCAAUGCCCAAUUUACCACUACCACCGCGCUUUCUCAAUCCAUCUAUAAAGCCUGAGGACUUUGCAUUGCCAAAAAUUAAGCCGGUAGAACGUGAAAAGUUACUAAUUCCCUCACCAGUCGAGUUAACAUCUUCAUCGAUUCAAGGCGAAAAUGAAAAAGCAGACAAAGAGAAGGUGGAUAAUAAACUUACGAAAAUGUUUAAGCCAAAUAAAGAAUUGUCUUUCAUGAAAGUACCUGAAAAGGUACCGCCUGUAGGCGCUUCACCGCCUAUAGUGUCUGCACCUGUCGCACCGAUCACGCUUGCUACACCAGUAUCAGUUGCGCAAAUAUUACCAUCGAAAAAUUCUAAAACUGAAAAAACAGACAAGAAUGAUAUGGUAAAUUCGAAGUCUAAAGAACAUAAAAAAGAAAAGAAAGAUAAAUUAAAGAAAAAGAAGGAUAAAAAAGAGAAACACAAAGAUAAAGGCGAAAAAGUGAAGGAAAAGAAGGAAAAGGUUGAGAAACGCGAGAAGCUAGAAAAACUUAAAGAAAAGAAGGAGAAGAAAGAUAAAAAGAAGGAAAAGAAUUUAAAUAAAAAAAAUAUGAAAGAGGAUAAAAAUCCAGAAGCUGUUCCAAAAAUAACAUUAAAAUUAGGUACUGCUUCUCCUAGACCAACUACACCAGAUAAUACCCCUAUGAAGAAAAUAACUAUUAAACCACUUGUGAAGAAAUCUGAUGAAGAGGUCAAGCGGGAACCUAGUCCAGAAUUAGCGAAAAUAUCGGCAUUGGUAACACGACCGCCAAAGCAGAAGUCAACAAGUAAGAAAACAGAGGAGGGAAUAUUAGAUGGAAGUCCUGCUCUUCCUACAGACUCUUUCUCUGCUAAUCUUACUAGCGUGCCACUUGCAUCAAUUCCUCGAGCAAAGAAAUCUAAUUUCCAAAGUCUAUCUCAAAAGGUGAAAGCAGACCCAGUUACUAAAAAGGAUGAUGCUAAAGAAGACAAAGAAAAUGGCAGGAACAUGUUACCUACAACACCAGCCACUACUGUGGAUCGAGGAGGUCGUCAAGUAUGGAUAUGUCCCGCAUGCGGCAAUCAGGAUGAUGGCUCACCAAUGAUUGGCUGCGAUGAUUGUGAUGCAUGGUAUCAUUGGGUGUGUGUUGGUAUGCAAGUUCCACCAGCUGACGAUGAAGAUUGGUACUGUCGAUUUUGUAUAGCGAAAAAGCAGGAACUUCUCCAUGAUAAAAAGAAGAAAAAGCGAAAAAAAAAAGUUAAAGUAACGGCCUAGUAUAAGCCAACCGGGUCUAACUGUGUGAGACCCGGUGUUACUAUACCAUUCACUACCAAAGUUAAAACAAAAGAUAACAAAAUUGGCAUUAAAAACAUAAAAAUGAAAAAGAUGUCCAAGAAUGAUGUUAAGAUACAAAUGAAGGGAAAAUCGAUCAUGACUAAAGGAAAAACUACAAAGAACAUAGUGAAAGUAAAGGCUGUAAAAAAGAAAUAAAAACAAUUGUUAUAUUAUGCAGGGCAACUUAAAUAGUGAAAAUGUUCUAAAAUAAUUUUCUAAACUAUAGAACAAAUGUAAAUAAUUCUAUUCUAUGCUAUAAUCAGUCAUGCUAUAAUUGUCUGUAACCUUGUACUGCAUUAACCAUGGUAUUUCAAAAAUGGAAGAGUCAAUCGCUCGAAAGGUGAUCAGGAGGCUCGAAGGAAACAAGAAAAAAACAAGAAAAAAAGUUGAUAUACGUAUAGAUCUGGAAACGCUUUGUUUUCGAGUUAUUAUCAUUUUUAAGUUGAAAUUUUAAAUUGCUUUGCUUUCGAAUUUGUCAAAAUUGAAAGAAGAGAUGGUUUUUAUGAGCUUUAUAACAUAAUUAAAGUCAAAUAAAAAUUGCGGGCUGCUUUCACACUAUCCAGGAUAAAAAAAAAGAAGGAAAAGAUAAUAAAAAAAUACAAAUAAAAUAAAAAUAAAUAAAUAAAUAGAAAAAAAAAUAAAAUAAAAUAAACAAAUAAAUACAAAACCAUUUCUUUAUUAAAUUUUGACAAAAAAAUUCAAAAGCAAAGCUAUUCGAAAUUUCAACAUAAAAAUGGUAACUCGAAAACAACGCAGAGCUGAUCGAGCACGCUUUCUGAACUAUUUCCGAUCUCCAUCUUUGAAACACUCUGUAUAUAUUUUUGUGUUCGUAUUAUAUUCAUUAAAAAAUAAGCUAUUAACACAUACAAACAUCAUUAAUAGAGUAUAUUCUACAGGUUUUGUAAAGAUCUUCAGUUUUCUAUUUUGUAUACAUGUUUAUACAUGUUUAUUUGGUCACACAUAAUAUGUGAUUUAUUACACAGCGUGAUAAAUUUGUAGUAUAUUUUCUUAGCUCUAUUCAAAUCACAUUUCCCGAUCCUAUCACUGCUUUUAGAUUUAACAUAGAAAAUAUUUAAAAAAGAAAUGCAAAAUUAUAUCUAUUUUUAAUGCAUAUAUGUUAUGUAAAUAUAUUAUGUGUUAAAACCAUAUUAGCAUCAUGAGUAACAAAAAUAUAUAUUUUUUUUUUUUUUGUUAAUGUAAAUAUAUGAUUACUGAUAAGAGGUAUACAACAGUUUGCAAAUAAAAUAAGCGAUGAAACAUUUUGAUAGACUUUAUUGUAAUGCUGAUUUUAUUUUUAAUUUAUACAUUAAUAUAAUUAUAGUAAUUAUACUCAUAGCACUAUAAUUAUAAUGUGUGUGUGUGUGUGUAUGUAGGUGUUUAUUAUUAUAAUUUUAGCAAUUAUACUCUAAUUAUAUAUACUAUAACUGUGUUGCAUGUAUAAGAUGUCAAAUAUUAAUUCUGACAAGGGAUCACAAAGUUUUAUAUUUAGUUUCGAAGGAUAUAUAUUUGUGACAAGUGCUAACUGAGUGCUAAAUUCAAUAAUAUAUAAUAUUGUUGUCCCAAAUAAGAUAUGCGAAAAAUCGAUGAUCGCAUUUUGGGUUAAAUAUGAAUCUAUAGAAAAAUAUAUAGGAAAUUGGUAUAAAUAGAGCACGUAUAUACAUAAUCAGAAUAGUCGGCUCGAUAUGGACAUAGGAAGAGUAUGACAAAAUAAAAUAAAUUAUAUUGGAAGGUUUAACACAUUGACUGGACCAUUACUAAACUAGACAAAGAUGAAUAUAAAUAGUGAAUAAAGUAUAUUACUCUUGGAAUGCACUUCUAGCAAAAAAAAAAAAAAAAUACGCGCACUACAAAA